AAAAAAAAAAAUUAGUAAGAGUACCACAUAAAAUGAAACAAAUGAAUUAUGAAAUUUAUUAUUUGGAGACUUCUAAUCAAUAUCAAAUAUUUGUUUUUUUCUCAUGGUGCAGGGGAGAGAAGUUCUGCAUAAUGAUACUUGAUUUCCAACUAGUCCCCAUUUAGCAUGUGUAUGGAAGUUGCAAUAGGAAAGCAAUUGUUUUGAGAAAUAGGAGUUUUCUUCUAGUAAAAAGGCAUGGAUUUUGUGGUGGUGUCCAAGAGAAAGAGCAACAUUACUAGGAAACUGCUCUUGGCUGCUGGCAUUACUGCAAUUUGCUUCCUUAUAUUCAGAACAUCACCUGGCUUUAGUAGUUUCAUGAAGUUUGCUCAACAUGAACCUGGUGUAACUCAUGUCUUAGUUACCGGAGGUGCUGGCUUCAUAGGUUCUCAUGCUACCCUUCGACUCCUGAAGGAUUCAUACCGUGUAACUAUAUUGGACAACCUUUCGCGUGGAAACGUGGGCGCUGUAAAAGUUCUCCAGGAAUUGUUUCCUGAGCCAGGACGACUUCAGUUUAUUUAUGCUGAUUUAGGAGAUGCAGUAGCUGUUAACAAGAUAUUUAAACGAAAUGCGUUUGAUGCUGUGAUGCAUUUUGCAGCUGUCGCAUAUGUUGGAGAAAGUACACAAGAGCCUCUUAGGUACUAUCACAAUAUUACAUCAAAUACAUUGCUACUAGUUAAGGCAAUGGCAACACAUGGUGUAAAGACAUUAAUCUAUUCGAGUACCUGCGCCACGUAUGGGGAGCCUAAGAAAAUGCCUAUUACAGAAGCACCGAUAAAUCCGUAUGGCAAAGCGAAGAAAAUGGCUGAAGAUAUCAUACUAGACUUCUCAAAAACUUCUGAUAUUGCUGUCAUGAUAUUAAGGUAUUUCAAUGUAAUUGGCUCCGACCCUGAAGGAAGAUUAGGAGAAGCUCCUCCACCAGAAUUGCGCGAACAAGGUCGUAUAUCUGGUGCUUGUUUUGAUGUAGCCAGGGGAAUAAUUCCAGGGCUAAAGAUAAGAGGAGUAGAUUACAACACACCUGAUGGAACUUGUAUACGAGACUACAUCGAUGUGACCGACCUAAUCGACGCUCAUGUAAAAGCGUUAGAGCAAGCAAGACCUAGCAAAGUUGGUAUUUACAACGUCGGGACAGGAAAAGGUAGUUCAGUGAAACAAUUCGUCGAAGCUUGUAAAAGGGCUACCGGAGUUGACAUAAAGAUUGAAUACCUCAGUCGACGUCCAGGAGAUUAUGCUGAAGUUUAUAGUGAUCCUUCUAAAAUUAGGCGCGAAUUGAAUUGGAUAGCGAGAUACACGCUUGAAGAGAGCUUAGCAAUAGCAUGGAGAUGGCAGAAGGCACACAGAAAUGGUUACAACUAGAGUUGAUAAGUUUAAGAUUGAAUUCAUGAAUUCAUUUUGUUUGUUUAACAUUUAUACCUCUAGCCUAAGUGGCGGGGCCAAAAUUUUCACUAAGGGGAUUCAAAAUAUAAAAUGUAAAACAUACAAAGAAUCCAAGAGGAUUCAAUACUAUAUAUACAAAAAAAUGUAAUUUUGACCUCAUAAAUACAGUGUAGUUUUGAACCCCCUUGCAAUAACCUGG